GACACCGAUUUGGACGACGAGGAGAUCGAGAAGCGUCUGUUUGAGCGCUUGUUGGCCGAGAGUAAACUGCCGGCCAUUCCCACCCUCCCGUUGGACCCGCAGGUGCUCGAGGUGUGCGAGGAGUCGGUAGGCAUGGGCUCCGACUGUCUUCCCUGGUGUCAGAUCUGCAACGAAGACGCGGUCAUCAAAUGCAUCGACUGUUGUGGUGAUCUCUACUGCAAGGAAUGCUUUCUUGAUUUUCACGACGACUCCGACCUUAAGAAACACCGAACAGAGCCCUUCAGAGCACCGGUCAGUCAACACAGCUUUUGAGUGGGAUUUGUGUCACUUAUUCUUAACCUCUGUUUUGUAUCAUUAUUUCCAACACUAUUUGAAUGGAAUUUAUCAUAAAUUAUUACAUUUUAUAAAUCAUCGCUUAAUUAAACACAUUUUAAUUAUA